AAAAAGCGUGGCGACAGCGCUGUUACCCUUCUCACCGGUGUCGACCCGCGGAACAUCAUUCCCUCUUCGUCCGACGAAGAAGACCAACCGCUGCCUGGAGAUAGACUGCCAACACCUUCUACCCAGAGAGCAUCCCAUAACCUUCGAACUCGCAAAGCAACGCAAAGUAAGCUCAGUUAUGAUCAGAGGUAUCACCCAAUGGACGAUAGCCUGCGACCAUCGCAAGCAGCUAAGCGUCGCUCUAUGCACGGGGAAGAUGAAGCCUCCUCAAAUGAAUCAAGCAUCUCCUAUCCUGAGUGUACUGACACUGACGUAGAGAACGCUCCCGAUAGUGAGAGUGAGGGUGAAGGGAGACCCGCACCAGCCAGGAAGGGCAAGAAACGCACCAGGGCUGAAGUUGGAUCUCUCCAGGCAACUCGACGUUCUUCGCGCAAGGUCUCCAAUCGUAAUUUCUCGUACAGCAUAAAAGUUCACCCCCAGGAUAGGGACCUGGAAAUAUCGAGUGAUGAGAGCGGUACGACUGAGAAGGUAGCCAGCAAACGAAGGAAGCAUGGCUCCGGUGGCUCUGAUAGUCCCACGUCGACCUGGAUGGAGCCCUUAUGUGAGAUACUGACUGCGCAUACAGACUCGCUACUCAAGACCUCUUCCUCGCCGUCAUUGGUCGCUACUCCUCCGCCGUAUGGGAUUCGUCGUAUGGAGGGGUUGGAUGUCUGGAAACGAUCACCGGGCCACCGUUACUUCCCGCAUGACCGGAACUCUCAUCUUGUUCUUCCGAGCCAGCCUUUCGAUAUAUUUACAGAGCGCCUGGAAGACCAACUGGAACGGGAAGCGAACGCCUCUUCGCCCCUGAGGUUUGAUCAUGACGAUAAGGAGAACCUACUUUCAAAUCCUGGCCAUGACCCAACUCCCGAUCCUCUUCAGGGUAUUUCUAUCAUACCAGCUUCGCAACAUCGGCAGUCAAGCGAGAACAAACAUGCUUCUCAUCAGAUCGCCGUGGCUAACUACGCCUUGUAUGAUGAUCCGCCACGAACUCCGACAUACGGCCUUGGUGGCAGCGAUGGGGCCCACGAUGAGAUACAUCACACCAUCAAAAGCAAGCUUACAUUGGAAUCUCUGCAUGAACACAGAUUGAGUGAGCAACUGCCUCAAGUCUCUACACACCAUCAAGACCAAGACCAGGCGAACGAUUACGAUUCCGUUAUAGGGAUGUCCUCAAGCACAACCACCGACAUUGAUUCUGUUGUGGGAGUGUUUUCUUCGGUCUCUACAUCUGCUCAGUAA